CCUUUUCCCCUUUCUCCGUUCACCUUUCUCUCUUCCUUUUUCUUUCCCCUCCCUCUCCCUUUCUUUCCUCCUGGCGACGACUGGGCGAGUGCCGCCGAACUUCGCCAGGUCUUCACCGGCGACGAGCACCUACAAGGUGACACUAUUCCUUUUCUUCACUUGGUGUAUAAUCUCUCUUUGCUCCGAUCAAGCUUUUCAAACAUAAUAAGCAAAUAGUCUCUGCACGUGAUUGCCAAAAUUAGUCAAGACGGGUGCUCUUUGCUGCGUGGCCGCUAGGCCACAUGGGACAAAGUCUGACCCUGCUAGCAGAGAUCGUUCUAUGGAUCCUACUGAGCCUCGUUGGCGCAUAAAUUCGAGCUUUUCUCCUCCAACGUCAAGGAGGUGGGAUUGCCGCUAUUCAUCAGAUGGAUUGCCCCACAGAGUUCAUGAUGCUCCUCAUGAUCACCCGCCAUAUGUUUCAUCACUAUCAUCCCAUAGCAAAGGAAGCAGAAGUGCAUUUGGCAGUGAUCAGUACCUCAAUCAUCAUCAUUCUGCAUCUGAUGGAGCACUUUCUUACUUUGGGAGUCCAGCUGACAGCCUUCAGGCCCCACGCUGGACACCCUCUCUUCAAAGAUUUGAUCUCGGUGAAUUCUCUACCCCUGCAGGAGGAUCAAGACCAGAAACUUCUGAUUAUCCUCAGUCAAGUGAGAGGCCACUGACUGCCACAAGCAGUUUCAGUUCUGCAUCCCCAUUUUCGGAAUCAAGCCAACUAGCUUCGUCUAGUAAACAAGCGGCCCCAUAUCUACCUCGCAACCAUAUGGGCAGGCGGUCUUUCAUGUCUAAACCAGUGUACCCACUUGUCUUCCGGAACCCUGUGUCCGAAUCAGAAGCGUGCAGGAUGCUUGAGGUUAGUAAUGCCGGGCGAGCGACACCAAGUGAUGACAGCCAGGCUUCUCCUCUGUGGCGUCGCAGCUUGGCGAGCCCAGAGCUCAAGUUCCAUAACGCACUGAACGAACUUGGGAAGAUGGAGGUUUCACCUGAACGGAACACGAGCUCAAGAAGGGAAGGGUUCAGAUGGAGCAAUGCCAGCAGUUAUGAUUUUGGAUACGAUGGAGAUGCCAUUGACAUGUCAGAUCAUAUCAGUAUCGAGUCCCAGAGAUCACCCACAAGCUCAGUGAGGUUCCUGAAAUGUGGGCUCUGCGAGAGAUUCCUGUGCCAGAAAUCACCCUGGACCUCGAACCGGAUUGUUCGAAACGCCGAUAUGCCAGUAGCAGCGGUUCUUCAUUGCCGACAUGUCUUCCAUGCGGAUUGCUUGGAGGAGGGCACUCCCAAGACAGAAGUCCAUGAACCACCCUGUCCGCUGUGCACGGCACCCACUGACGACGAAGCACAUGUGUCAUUCUCGGAACCUCUGCAUGUUGCCCUCCGAUCUGCUCGCAGGAACCUUUCGCUGGGCAGUGGCGCUGGAGGGAGUAACAGCAGUGGCGCGAGGCCUCCUUGCAGUGACCGUGGCCUGAAGAGGAACCAUUCUGCUAUCGUGCCGAGACGCGGCGGCGGCGGCUCGUUGUUCCGCAACCGCUUCAAGAGGCAGUUCCCCUUCAAGGCUAGGAUCGGGAAGGAGCUCUUUGGCGGCAGGGUUUUCAGCAAGGUCGGGUCGUCUUCAGGUCAACAGGAUGACCAUCGACAGCAAGCGCCGAAGCGUGAUCGGCUCAUGAAGUAGCUAGAGAACUUAGUGGCACGGAGUAUAUGUUGUGUGCCCUCCUGAUAUUCUAUCCGUGCCAUCAGUUAUCAUGUCUAGUGUAACCUAUAACAGCAUGCGAAACUUGGCAUCCAUGCGCAGUAGUCGUCCAAGACGGGGGCUCUGUAUAUGGAGGCUGCCUGCAUUGCAUGUAGCACCCACCGUUGGCUAACUAUGAGGUGUAUUUUGGAUCCUUGCAGUAAGAAUCUCAGAAUCUAUGCCCUAUGAUUACUAUGUUCUGCUU